GUGACUUAUCCUUCCCUGGCAAUAAAUUGGUGUCUGGUUAUCACUGUAAAAUAAUAAUGGAUGAAAAAUCGGGUCAGGUUUUGCUACAGGAUACCAGCACGAAUGGAACAGUGAUCAACAAACAGAAAGUGGUGAAGAGACAGACCUGCCCUUUACAAACUGGGGACGUGAUCUAUAUUGUUUACAGGAAAUACGAUCCAGAAAACAAUGUUGCAUACCUGUACGAAUCUUUCCACCCCAAUAAGGAUGGAGCUAGUGACCCAGGAGAAGCCAAGGUUGACAGUGCAUGCCACACAACCAAAGAUACCUCAAGCACCAGAGAAAGCAAUGAUGGGACCUCAACAGCAUUGCCACUGCCAGCUUCUCGGACAAGCUAUGAAGAACCGCAGCCAUCCACUUCGACGUCAAACCUCUUCGAAAUUGUUCCUACCUCUUCCACUGAGUCCACAUCCACUGAGAAGGCGAACCCUUCAGUAGCUGGACCACAGCCUUGCACCUUAAUUUUUGCACCCGCUUUGAUCAAAUUGGUACCAUCCGGACCAGAGACAUUGCUUCAACUCAGUCAGCCUGUUGUAAAUACAGAAACAUCUGGUGCUUCUUUGAGGGACCCGGAGAAAACAGCCAUGUUCCAGCUUUCGGGAAGGGAAGGAAAUGAUUUACCCUACCCCGUUAGAAAGAAAAUCAGAAGAGAUGGUGAAGCCAGCUCUGCCCUUCAGGUGGUCACCCCAGAGGGACACGCGAUGGGACCUGACCCCAGAGAUGCCAAAUCAGCAACCAUGAAGCCUGACAAAAUGGGAGAAAGCUUAAGCUGCAUCAUCUGCCAGGAACUGCUUUAUGACUGUGUCAGUUUGCAGCCCUGUAUGCACACUUUCUGCGCUGCUUGCUACUCAGGGUGGAUGGAGCGAUCUUCCCUCUGUCCGACAUGCCGCUGUCCUGUGGAACGGAUCUGUAAAAACCACAUUUUGAACAACUUGGUAGAAGCCUAUCUCAUCCAACACCCAGAUAAGUGUCGUAACGAAGAAGAUAUUAGAAGUAUGGAUGCCCGGAACAAAAUCACUCAGGACAUGCUACAGCCGAAGGUGCGAAGGUCCUUUUCAGAUGAAGAAGGAAGUUCAGAAGACCUGCUGGAUCUGUCGGAUGUAGACAGUGAAUCCUCUGAUAUUAGUCAGCCAUAUGUCCUAUGCCGGCAAUGUCCUGGUUAUCGUCGGCAAACCGUCCUGCCUUUAACCUUUCCCGAGCAGGAAGGAAAUGCAGCACCUGGGCAGGUUCCUGGAGAUUCCCCAUCGACUUCUUCCAGCUUCCCAACAGUCCAGGAAUAUGUCUGUCCAGCUCAAGGGAGCCACAUCUUCUGCACUUGCUGUUUCCAGCCCAUGCCGGAUCGUAGAGCGGAAAGGGAACAGAACCCGAACAUCGCCCCACAGCAGUGUACCAUUUGUCUGCAAUCCUUCUGCCAUCUGUACUGGGGAUGUGUGCGCGUAUCCUGCCUGGGCUGUUUAGCCCCAUUCUGUGAACUCAAUCUUGGGGACAAGUGUUUAGACGGCGUUCUUAACGGCAAUAACUAUGAAUCAGAUAUUCUAAAGGAUUACUUGCAAUCUAGGGGGAUGACAUGGAAAGACAUGCUGAAUGAAAGCCUCCUGGCUCUUCAAAAAGGAACUUUUAUUUUAUCAGAUUACCGAAUCACGGGAGAAACAGUGAUCUGUUAUUUUUGCGGCCUGCGGACUUUCCGAGAACUCGCUUAUCAGUACAGGCAGAUUAUUCCUGUUCCAGAAUUGCCAGCCACCAUCACAUCCCGUCCCGACUGUUACUGGGGUCGCAACUGUCGUACUCAGGUGAAAGCCCACCAUGCUAUGAAGUUCAAUCACAUCUGUGAACAAACACGAUUCAAAAACUGAGAAGGAUUCCCGGGGCGUUUUAACUGGUCUCCCUGCUUGUAGAGGAUGGGAAAAUUAAACCAGAAACGCCAACUCUACAGUUUUUGCCUGGUUGUUCCCACAAAAAAAAGGGGGGGAUUGGCAACUUUUUACAUCAGGUACUCUGAUGUGCUUUUUUUUUUUCCUCCUUACCAUUAUUUUGUCAUUUUUUUUCUGCCACCCUGUAUUCUCCUUGGCUUUGUUUUUUUUUUCUUUAAAAAAAAACGGUUUUGUUUUGAAGGCCAGAAGGAUGUGGCUGCCCCUGUUUUCUUCCUGAAUUUGAGCGACUCUAGGAAUUUAAGGACUCGCCGCCAAGAGGAUGAAUGGUAAAAAUGGAACAAUUCUCGGGAACAUUGAUUGUGGAACGAAGCAAGGCCUUAGUGAGAAGGCAAGAAGGAAGAAUGUCCUCGGUUCCUUGUUGGGCAUUGCCAUGCGUCUUGUCAAUUUCUUGGACCAACGCAACAACUUGCCGGAAUUGACGGCCUAGACUCCUUGGCUCCUCGGUCAAAGAUCACAGCUGGAUUGACCAAGGUCUGUCCAACACUAAGCACUGACUGCUUAAGGCCGUAUUUCUCUGCCUUGGGCAUGUUGACAUGAGGACUUCAACUCCCAGACCUCCCCAGCCAGCCAUGUUGGAUAAAGAACUCUGGGAGUUGGUAGUCCACCAGUCUAAAAAUGGCCACCGUUGAGAAACACAAUCUUAGGGUGCCUUGUUCUUCCUUGACACACUCCACAUGUCUCUCUUAAAUGCUGCUGUCCAGUAUUUGUCUAGCCUCCUUUGAUAGGAAAGAUCCAAUUGUUUCAUCCUUUUCUCUUUUUAUUCUAGUCUUUUCUUCCUUCUUCCUUAGAUCCUGUCGUUUCUUUUCCUCUUGCUCAAUUCUAGGAUUCAGACUGGUGCUGAAUUUCACCUCCGCCACCUUUUCUUUGGGCUCUAAGAGAAAGUCCCUACCCCACCCCAGGAAUUUCUGUUCUUAGCAGUUGGGAGUUAUGCUUCAAAACAACUAUGCAUUUCCCCCCCCUCUUACUGGUCAAAUUCCACUAGAAAUUCCUUUUUUUU